AUGAAUCUUCAAGUCUCCCUGUGGCUGUUCUUGUUAUUUACAGUUCAACCGAAUCGAGGUCAAUUCAAACCCGCUCAGCCUUGCGAUCCUGAUAAGUGCCUGCCACCAAACUGCCGAUGCAGCGAAGAUCGCAGACCUCCCGGAGGAUUGACUCCUGAGAAAACACCGCAGAUUAUCAUGGUCACAUUCGAUGAUGAUUACGAAAAAGAAUAUUUUGACUUAUAUAAUGAACUCCUCGACGAACUACAUAAUCCUAACAACUGCCCUGCUGUAGGAACCUUGUUCGUUUGUCACAACUAUACCGACUACUUCUUAGUGGAAACUGCAUAUUCCAGAGGAUAUGAGAUUUCUGAUCACACAGUGACGCAUCAAGAACCCACCACGUACUGGGAAAACGCAGAUUACACGGAGUGGAAGAACGAGAUUGAUGGGCAAAAAGAGAUUUUGCAUCGGUAAGUAGGUUGAACAGUUUUCUAGAGUCACACACGCUCCCACGCGAAUACAGCUGCUUGUAGAGUGAGGCAGAUCCAUGUGCAAUUUUUCACUUUUUCCCUUCUUUCCAUACAUUUUAUACUGAAGAAUCGCCCUUGUACGCACGCGAUCUAGUCGGUCGAGUUCUGCCAUACUCCGCGCAUUAGCAAAUACGCCAACUCUCAUUUUCCCGGAAAAAGUUUGUGUAAAUGUUGCGUGACAAAUUUUUAUUAAAAUCCAUGGAACAUAUUUCGGUUCCACACGAUUUGCCUAAACGUAUCCUGUGGAAAAAUAUAUGCCCGUGCAGAAACCUUGAUACGUCGGGAAGUUACUGCUUCCUAAGUUAAGGGGCUCAACAAGAUUUCUGAUCUUCGCUGAUCUUUGUUUAUUUCUCUACUGAUUCCUCCGGAAAACUCUCCCUGCAUAGUCAGUUUGCGAUAUUAAUCUUCACAGUUGUUUAUGUCCCAUUUCAAUUCAACAAAUUUUUAAGAGUACUCCAUAUCAUCCAUUACGAUCUGACGAUAAGAAUUCCUAGAAUUUUGUCCCGCUCGUCGUUCCUCAGUUUUUUUUUUUUUAAAUUUUUGCCCGGUUUUGUAGUCAUGAUAUAUUUUACUUUAUAUAAUAAGCUCAGUUAUGCACGCAUUCUGAUUGGUUCUCACGUAUGAUCUAUUGGAGGACAGACGUAUAGAUGACGUCAUCAUUAAAACUUUUUUCCGUAUAUUUUAAUUAUUUAUUAUAUAAAACAAAUAGAUUCCAAGUUGCCGUGCGUCUGUUCAGUAAUAGAUCGCAGAGGACGUCAAAAUGUGGUAAGAACAUCAGUGACACAAUUGGCUACGCCUCGUGUGCCACUUUUUUGUUCUUACCACAUUUUGACGUCAUCUGUGAUCUAUUACUGAACAGACGCACGGCAACUUGGAAUCUGUUUGUUAAAUUAUUAACAAUGGAAACUGAAACUACUGAAGUCAUAAGUGCUUCUUGGGACUUGUCAUUAUUACGCGCCUGGACAGGUUGGGGGAAGGUUGGAAAAUUUUUUUGUGUAAUGAUAAAGUUUCUGUAAUUAUAAAAUUUCUGCUGAAAACCAUGCAUUUGAUCCACCCUCAAAAUCUCCCCACCCCACCUCCCAAGCGAUAGACAAUCACUUGUCCCUGACCCCUUUGACUCCCAGAUCAAAUCCUUUAUGUCAACCAUACAAUUCUUAUAAUGUUAGUUCAGAGAAUUUAGUAUUUGAUCAACUAAUUAUCCUUAAAUUGGUUUUUUUUUAUUCUCAUCACUUAUAUGGUUGAUACUGUAUUUAUAUUGUAAGGAGAAAUUCUGUUUUGGUCGCUAAUAGGAGUUAAAGUGUUAACAAAGUUACUUUCAUUCGCAGAUUUGCCAACGUACCUUACGAUAAAAUUGUCGGAUUUCGAGCUCCAUACCUGAUGUUUACAGAGAACAUGUUCAAAGCGUUGUACACGAGUAAAUUUGGUAAAUUUACUUAUGACCUUUCCUGGCCCUCAAACAUCAUAUUUGAUGGAAAGGGGCCCAUAUACCCUUAUACUUUGGACUACUUGUCAAGUCAGAACUGUCCCUCGGAAGAAGAACCAUGUCCCAAAUUGUCCUACCCAGGACUGUGGGAGGUGCCUAACGUCAACCUUAUGAACAAAGACCACUCGACAUGCGGAUCAAUGAUGGAUGCUUGCGAUCCUGAUGGAAAUGCUACAGUCUGGUUAGAGAUUUUGACGAGAAACUUCCAUUACCAUUACGACACGAACAGAGCACCCUUUGGAAUGCACAUGCAUCCAUCGUUUUUCCUUCGUCCUCCAACAACCGAUCACAUGAAGGCGGCUAAACAGUUUCUCAAAUAUGCCCUGGAUUUGGGAGAUGUUUGGAUCUUAACUCCAUCUCAGAUCAUUGCUUGGAUGAAAGAUCCCCAAGAUGUUGACAAAGCGAAGACCUUCGCGCCCUGGCAGUGUCCGAGCCGCCCCAAACCACGCUGCACUGAAGCAACGUCCAACAAUUGCCACUACACAGAGCCUCAAGAUUUCUACAUGCGCACAUGUACCGAGUGUCCGCCUCAUUUCCCAUCGCCUACUGAUCCCGAUGGCAAUUAAAUCUGAUUAAUCAGAUGAAUGAUAAUUAUUUGUAUGAAUCGAAUUUGUAAUUGACCGUCAUUGCUUUUGAGCAAUAGGUAUCACCCUCUGAAGUUAAGAUAAUAUAUGUUCAUCGGAAUGUCCGGAUACCGUAUUUCCUCGAGUAAACGCCCAUGCUCUAAUAAGCGCCCUACCCCGAAAAGCGUCACUGCGCCAAUCCCCUAGGCCAUAAUUUGAAAUAAGCACCCCCUCGAGUAACCGCCUUCCCCCACCUCCCACACUUUCUUAAGCAGAAGGGAUACAAAAUAAAUUUGUUUCUAUUGCCACUUUAUUUGCAACUUUUUAAGCUUCAACUACAGCGGAAUCAGUACAGGAGAAUAGUUUCUUUUCCGUUCCAGUAAGUUCUAUCUCCAUGUACUUUUAGAGUUCCUUUACGCAUGAUAUCUCUUCUCGUGAUCUUUGUCCUACUGCUCCCCUAUCAAAAUAAUCACCCCCUCAAUUAAGCGCCCUAACUCCAAUAUGCGUCCCCUACCCCCUUUAGUUUUAAAUUAGCACCCGGGCGCUUAUUCGAGGAGUAGGAUAAUAAGUAUAAUCUUCUGUGACUGAUUAAGUAAUAAAGGAUGAAAAUUCAGCUUAAAUUUCCCUCCAUCUCUUCUUGGUGUUGUGUAUCUCACAACAGAAGUUUCGGUUGAUUUUGUCUUUAAAUUGGCUGAGAUUGGUUUGGUUAUCCACGAACUUAACUGGAAAGGACUGACUCUUCAUAGCCAUUAAAAUUGAUAUACUUGAUUUCGAAUGAAAUAAAGCUUAAAAUAACAUGAA